ACUGACUCUGAUUUCCUGGGUCGAUCUGCCACACACUUCCGCCGUCUUUUGUAUCAAACCCCGGAUCUUGUUUCAAAGAAAGUGAACUGUAGAACGGAUUGCCGUGGUUUGAAUGAAACCAAUGAAAUUCUGCCAAACAUUGCUUGGAUGUUCCUGAUGUACACAUUUGAAAUGGUGACCCUGGAGUUUUCGGUGACAAAAGUCGGAGUAAAUGCGUACGCUUUGUAA